GUGUUUUUGUCAGUUGAGGGCGACAACAAGCUCCACGGAUUACAAUCAGUGGGAAUUUUGCUCGUUACCACACCUGAGCCGUGCUCGUGACUUUGCUCUUUUGUGCGUGCGCGCUCCCGGUGAAGUUUCUCUCCAAACAGGUUCGCCCGGUAGACACACCUGCGUCAGGAGGAAAAAGGAAGUAUUGUUGAGCGCCUUCUUCAUUCUUUGUGUGACCUCUGCGGACGACGGACGCUUUUUAUUUUUAAAGAAGAAGAAAGUUUACUCUUUUGGAAACAAUCACUAUGAAGGGUUUCAUCCUUCUGGCGCUGGCUGUCUUUGCAGCUUUGCAAACCGUGGACUCUGCCUGUGGUUCAUGUAAAACAAUGAAAUGGGUCGACUGUCAGGGUGCUGCACCCCCAUGUACAUGUCAACUCCCCCUUGAUGAGAAUACCCCACAACCCAUCGACUGUGAAAAAUUGGUCUCAAAAUGCUUUUUGAUGAAAGCUGAGAUGUUCAGGAGAAGAAUGGGCAACGACGUCCGUCUUAACAUCGGUGGAAAGCCACAUGAAGACGCCAUUGUAGACAACGACGGUAUCUACGACCCAGAAUGCGAGACUAAUGGUAAAUUCAAGGCCAAGCAGUGCAACAAAACAGAGGAGUGCUGGUGCGUCAACAGCGCCGGUGUUCGCAGAUCCGACAAGGGCGAUAAGAACAUAAACUGCUCCAAGCUGGUGGAGACCUUCAUGGUUCGUCUUGAGCUGAAGCACAAAGAAGUUAACAGCAAGGUGGAUGAAGCUGCUCUGAAAACGUCGGCAAAAAACCUCCUUCAAACCCGUUACCAGUUCGACAGCAAUCUGGUUAAAGAAGUUCAGUAUGACCCUGACGGUCGCUACAUUGUGAUAGAUAUAGAGAAGCCGAAAGGAGAACGUGCCACUGACAUUGGCACCAUGGCCUACUACAUGGAGAAAGAUCUGAAGGUCUCCCCUCUGUUCCUGGACCAGGCCAAGGUCCAGCUCAGCGGGGGCAGCCAGAACCUGGAGAUGGAUAAGAUUUUGGUGUACUACGUAGAUGAGGAGCGUCCAACUAUCACCAUGCAGCACCUGACCGGUGGAAUCAUUGCCGUCAUCGUGGUCGUGGUGCUGGUUGUGGUCUUCGGCCUUGUGGCCCUGUUCUUGGUUAAUCGGAAACGGCAGCAGCGCUACAGCAAGACUCAGCAAAGGGAGCAAAUGUAAAGCAGCAGGAAGUCUAUGGAGAGUCAUCCUGAGAGGAAGAGUGCCAUUUUGUUUUUAGUCCUUUUUUGAGAAUCUAAGACUUGUUUCCWGMWYUUUUUUUUUUUUUUUUUUUUUUUYUYUCUUAUGGUUGCCCCUUUAUUUAUAACAUGUGGAAACUCUUGGCACAACAUGUAUCUGAUCAUGACUUUUUAUUUUUUUGAAGAUGUGGUUGAUGUAAUGCCUUUUAAUGUUAGAAUCUGUUCAAAAGCUGGAAAUUUCUUAUCAUAGACUGUACAGUUUCUUAUGCUGUUUGACUUUUUAAUAAAACUUUUAAAAUGUA